AUGCUUUCGACUUCGCCCGCCACCUACAGCGCCCUCGAAUCGCGCGACGUUGGUCCCAAUCGUGUCAUCUCGCCCCCGCGAGACCAGGGCGCGUGCUUGACCUGCACGGCGUUUGUCGCCGUCACGGCCGCUGAGGCCGCGGUCGCGAGUGCCCUGGGCCAGGACGUGGACAGCGUUGGCCGGCUGUCCCCGCAGGACCUCCACUACUGCGGCAACGACCGGCUCAGCUGCGACACAGGGGCUACGCUGAAGGACACACUGGCGCAGCUGGAGAAGAGGCAGCUGCUGCUGGAGGACUGCCUUCGCUACCAGCCGCCCGACAUGAGGGGGGACGCGACGCAGCAGCAGCUCUGCGCGAGGUCGUGCGCCAACACCAGCCCCCUGGCCUCCCAGGGUAUGUUCAGUUUCGUGCGCAUCACGCAACUGUGGAAGGCGCAGCAGCACAUCCGCAAGUACGGCGCCGUGGUCACACGCUUUGACCAUUACAG